CAAGAGUGUGAUGAAUAUCAGAGGAGUCGGAAAACCUUUGUAGCAAGCGGAAGUAAUACAAGUGAGCCAUGUUAAUAAACACAGUCUCACCGUGUUCAUGAAGAAAAUACAUAAAAACAAAAAUGAGUCACUAAUUCAUGAACAAACAAUGUGCUGCUGAGGAUCUGCACUCUUACAGCAAGAUGAAGACAUUUCCUUUGUUUUUGCUGCAAGUUUUUUCACUAAAAGCUUUGGGCUUGGACCUGAACAGGACAUCAAAACAAAACCCAAAUAUAGUGAUUGUCAUGGCUGAUGCAUUUGAUGGAAGAUUAACCUUUCCCCCUGGAAACAAAGUUGUCCAGCUCCCAUAUAUUACCUACAUGAGGCAGAUGGGUGCAAUCUUCCUCAACUCCUACACAAAUUCUCCAGUUUGUUGUCCUUCAAGAGCAGCGAUGUGGAGUGGAAAAUUUGUCCAUUUAACUCAGGCCUGGAACAAUUACAAAUGCCUUGCUCACAAUGCUACGACAUGGAUGGAUGAUCUACAGAAAGCAGGCUAUCACACCCACCGUAUGGGGAAGCUAGACUACACAUCAGGGGGCCACACGGUCAGCAAUCGUGUGGAGGCGUGGACCCGAGAAGUGGCAUUUCUUCUGAGCCAGGAGGGUCGUCCUGUGGCAGACUUAGUAGGUAACGGGUCCACAGUUAGAGUCAUGACCAAAGACUGGGACAUCACAGACAGUGCUGUGCAGUGGAUCAGACAAAAGGCUGCAGCUCUGUCGCAGCCCUUUGCUCUGUAUCUGGGGUUGAACCUGCCUCAUCCAUACCGCACAGAGGAGCUGGGUCCAACUGCUGGAGGCUCCACCUUCCGUACCUCACCCUACUGGCUCAAAAAGGUUUCCACGGAGCAAGUUUCACUGCCAAAGUGGUUGCCGUUUUCUCAAAUGCACCCUGUUGAUAAUUAUUCCACCUUCACCAAAAACUGCAGUGGCAACUUUUCCGAGCAGGAGAUCAUUGACAUCCGAGUCAGUUAUUAUGCCAUGUGCGCCGAAGCAGACAGCAUGCUUGGUGAAGUGAUUGCUGCUCUCAGAGACACAGGUUUAUUAAACAGCACAGUCCUGCUUUUCACCUCGGAUCAUGGGGAUCUAGCCAUGGAGCACAGGCAGUUCUAUAAGAUGUCCAUGUUCGAAGGCAGCUCCCACGUUCCCUUACUUAUGAUGGGGCCAGGGAUUAAAUCUGGGAUUGAGAUCAGUUUACCAGUCUCUCUUGUCGACCUGUAUCCUUCUGUACUUGACUUUGCAGGUAUCCCAAUACCACAUGGGUUGAGUGGUUACUCUCUGGUCCCUCUGAUCUCACAUGGUCAUAAGCAGUUCACUGAACCUCACCCUGAAUGGGUAUUCAGUGAAUACCAUGGCUGCAAUGCUAAUGCCUCCACUUACAUGCUGAGGGUGGAUAAGUGGAAAUACAUUACAUAUUCAGAUGGAUUAAGUGUCCCACCACAACUAUUUGAUCUGUCUGUGGACGAAGCUGAGAUGAAGAAUGUGGCAUCCCAUUACCCAGUUGUUUGUCAGUAUCUGGACAAGCUACUGCGCUCAGUGGUGGAUUACCCCAACGUCACUGAGGCUGUCCGCCAAUACAACAAGAAGCAGUUUGUGCAGUGGAAGCAGAGUCUUGGGAACAAUUACACACAGGUCAUUACCAACCUGCGCUGGCACGUGGACUGGCAAAAGGAUGCAAAAAAUAAUGAGAAAGCUAUUGAGGACUGGCUUGACAGGUUAUAAUUAUCAAACGAUCUUCAAAAUCAGUCUCCCAGAAUCAAAGACACAAAACAAGACUUAGGGUUCAGGGUUAACAAAAGAACGAAAUGCGCUCUUCCAUUUGUAAUUGUGUCUUUCUUGUAUUAUUUGUUUAAAAAUGGAUCCAACUUAAUUCACUAAUGCUCAGUCUGAUGCUUCUGGUAGUGAGAUUUAACAGAGUGAGAUACAGUAUUUAAAUAAUAUUGGCUGGCUUUUUUUUCAUGGUAUAUCAGACAUAUUCCAUUCAGCUUGCAUGAUACUGAAUGAGUCGAAGACGAGUUUAAUAUCAUGCUAGCUGAAUGGAAUAUAUCUGAUAUACCAUGAAAAAAAGCCAGCCAAUGUUAUUAUUAUUAUUAUUAUACAUACACAUUCCUUUCUGGUGUUCAACACGUCUUUCUCUUUUAAAAUUCUCUCAAAAUCUUCCGUAUUUAACGAAGCAAAUCUUGCAGCCACGUUUGUUUACAAAUGAUCCCAGUUGUUCGCUAGCGCAGAAGUUUUAUGUCUUCGACGUGUGACAUCAUGUUUUCUUGACAACCAUGCAAUAUCGUAAACCAUAUUCAACACUUAUUUUCCAUUGGGUAAAGUGGCGUAAUACACGUAGCAAUAAGCGAUAUGUGAACAAUAUUGCAUGCUAUCAAACUAAAUGAACGAAACCCGCUAGAAGGGAAUAGAACACGUUUUUAUUCCAUGGAAAAAGUGUCCCGUAUGUAUAAUAAUUUCCAAUAUUUCACUCCGAUGACGUCACUCUCAGUGUUUUCCUGCUGACUGGAUGCGCGUUGUCAAAAUGAUAAGCCGGUUCAAAAUUAAAAUUCUUUUGAUUAACUUGUUUCUUUUCUUUUUUUUGUGGAUAUGUCCAUAUAAUAUAAAGAACAUUACAUGGUUUUGCGCGAAGAUAUGAAAUGUAUUUUCUCAUGCUGAAAAUAUUUUCACUCAUUCACUUCACACACACGUGAAUGUGUUCACCACUCGAAGAUAAACUUCAUAUCUUAACGCAACCGUGUAAUAUCCUCUAUUUGUAAACAAAUUUUCUAAGAAAAAACUUAUUGUAAAUUGUAUAAAUUCCUUGAGAUGCAUUGCAAUGUCCAAAUGCAAUAUUCAUAACAUUGUAUUGGCUGUACAAUGUUUACUGUCUGUACUUUUUUUUUAAAGAGGUUUGUUCUACUU